CCAUAGUUUUAUUUGUUUGGGCCCCGGCAAAGAGAUUGACCGUAUGGAUCCAGAGUUUUCGGGCGGAAAAUUAUCCGGGGACUAAACUUGCCGAGUUGCAGUAACAAUAUGACGCAACUGUUGCAUGCGUGUUGAACAAGUCAAAAUCAAACCCCAGAGCAGAAGCAAGAUGGGAUUCACCGGAGACACUGCAGCUUCUUUCAAAUCUAUUCCGACGAGACAAUCAUUUACCCAGGCCAUUACACUUGGUUUGAUUGUUACAUCUGCAUUGAUUAUAUGGAAAGCAUUGAUGUGCAUAACGGGAAGUGAAUCUCCCGUAGUUGUUGUACUUUCAGAAAGCAUGGAACCUGCCUUUCAGCGAGGAGACAUUUUGUUCUUGUCAAUGAGCGAAGAGCCCAUUCGUGCAGGUGAAAUUGUUGUUUUCAAAGUAAAAGGCAGGCCCAUUCCUAUUGUUCAUCGUGUCAUUAAGGUUCAUGAACGGCAAGAUGGUGGGGAAGAGUGUGUAGUAACAAAAGGAGAUAACAAUAGAGAAGAUGACAGAGUCUUAUAUCCUCCUGGUCAGCUCUGGCUUCGGAGAAAUGACAUCAUGGGUAGAGCUGCAGGGUUCUUACCUUAUGUUGGAUGGGUUACCAUCAUAAUGACCGAAAAGCCAGUGAUAAAGUAUAUUCUUAUUGGAGCUCUAGGAUUCCUUGUUAUAACCUCAAAGGACAAUAACAGUUUGGAGUAAUCAUUCUGCAGCAUCUGGUCAUGUUUUUUUUUCCCUUUUGUGCAACUGCUGUGUCAAAAUUAUCUGUUCCCAGGUUUCAGGGAGAACACCAUAUAAGUACCAAUUUCCAGUGUUUUAGCAGAGUAGGUUAGUGAUCGGCACACAUAUGUUAUAUAUUUUUUAUGUACAAGUUUUGUGCUUCCAUAAGUAGGGCCCUAGUUUGCGUGUAGCAUAUUGCUGGAAGCAGAGCUUAUGGAUGUAGAAGAUCAGAAGCUAAGCUAAUGCCAAUAAAGUUACAAGUUAUUUUCGGGUAAUUAUGUCAGGAAAGACCAUAGUAAGAUGUAUGGAUCGUUGGUACUAAGCUGCCAUAUUAAUGUGGCAUGUUCAGCAAAAUGAAGUUGAUGUAUCAAAGACUAGUGAGCAGGGUGCUCCAUGCAGCAUGUUUUGCCAAUUUAUAUACUUGUAUUAUGUUU